UGGCUCUGCCCAGCUGCCACUGCCCAGACCCCUGGCCCCUACCCAUGGCAGAGAAGACCUUCCCUUUCACCUCCUCCACACCGUGCGCUCUCCGCCUGCAGCGGGAGUGGGUGGAGUGGGAGGACCGGCAGCGGGCAGCGGCCCAGCAGUGCCGAACCUACAGGUGCCCCCCAGGUUCCCGGGCCCAACUCACUGGGCCUCGCCGUUCCUGCUGAGACUCUGCUGUCCACAGUGCCCUGUUCUUUGGCGACCUGCAGCAGGUCCAAGCCCUGUUCCAGGGUGAAGAGGCUGGCAACAUGACUGUGGAGACUGUGAGCCACUAGCUGGCCUGGUCAGCUGGACAGGGGUUCUGGGUGCUGACCCCCAAGACCAAGCAGACAGCACCCCUCACCAUCGUUGCUGCCCGAGGCUAUGCCGACUGUACCCGCCACCUGAUCCAACAGGACCAGGCAGCCUUGCAUGAGGCCUACGCCCAGGCCCAAUCUGACUGUGUGCAGCUGCUGCUGACCUUCGGUGCCAAGGCCAAUGUGUUGUCUGAGGAGGACACAACCUCCUUGCACCUCUGCACAGCCCCUGAGUCCUUGCAAUGCUCCAAGCUGCUGUUGGAGGCAGGAGCGACUGUGAAUGGAUGGGCAGAGCGGGACAGCAAGGUGAUGCUCCUGCAAGUGGCGGCAACGCGAGGCCUGGAGGACCACGUGGAUCUCUACCUGGAGCCGGGCGACAUGGGCCUGCGGACCAGCCAGGGCCGGAUGGCCCUGAACGCAGCGUGUGCAAGGGCGGAGGGUCCAGGUGGCGGCCGGCAGCACCAGGCAGUGGCGCGCCGGCUCCCGGAGGCGGGGGCUGAUGCCCAGGCGGCUGGGCGCAAGUGCCACACGCUGCUGUACAACGCCUGUGCCAACGGCUGUGGGGGCCUAGCGGAGCUGCUGCGCUCCACAGGGCCUGCGCUGGACCAGCAGGGUGAGCCACACUCCCAUGGACUGCGCUGCAUCCUGCAAGCAGUCCAGGACACCCCCAACGGGGAGCCUGGGGUCCUCUUCACAGUGCUGUUGGACUAUGGGGCCCAGCCUGUCUGCCCUGAGAUGCUGAAACACUGUGCCAACUUCCCGUGGGCCCUGGAAAUUCUGCUUAAUGCCUACCCUUGUGUCCCAUCCUGUGAUACCUGGGUCGAGGCAGUGCUCCCAGAGCUGUGGCAGGAGCAUGAAGCCUUUUACAUCUUGGCCCUGUGCAGGGUGAACUAGCCCAGGAAGCUACAGCAUCUGGCCCGGCUGGCUGUGCGUGCUCAGCUGGGUAGCCGCUGCCAAUAGGCUGCUGCCCACCUACCACUGCCCCUGCUCCUUAGGGACUAUCUGCUGCAGUAUGCAGAGGGGUGCAUCCAGUGACCUUCAUGUCAGGCUGCUCCAGAGCUUGUCCUGUGCCCUCCAUCUGUCAUCCCUCCCACCCAACCCUGGCCCUCUUGUUCACAUUCCGCAUGCCCUCCUGAGCCAGCUCAUCCCUCCACUGGCUUCUUGAGCCACCUGCUGGUCUCCAGCCCAACUGCAACUUCAGCUUCUCUCUCCCCUGGGAAGUUCUGCAGACUUAGCCUUUGCCCACCUUCUCCUUUGCUUAUGUGGAUGGCCCCUCCAUCUGCCCAGUCCCCAAGCCAGGAGGAAGUGAUCCUUGUUGCCCCCCUUCCUUGCCACCCAUGUACCUGUUUGGUCAGUUAAAGAGUGACAGACUCAGCAUUGCCGCUUCCCAACCUGCCUUUGUCACUUGAAGGGAGGACCUCACUGACUGGCCUAGAAAUCCAUGUCUUGCAAGGAUGUAGAACAAUCUUUGGGAAUCAUAGCUCUGAUCAUGCCCUUCAGUGGCUCCUCACAAUCUUCAGAUCAAAAUAAAAAUUCAACAAGGCAGACAAAGAUUCUAGCCCCUGCCUCUGCCAAGCUCUCUUGGCCUCCUGACGUGCCUUCUCCCUUCUGAGGUUUGUGUAAUCCAGCCUUAGCAAACUAGAACCAGUUUCUGGAAAUGACCUGCUGUCCUUUGA